UGAAUGUGGACGUGGACGCGGACGCGCACGCGAAUGCGCCUCACCUCACUCAACCCCUGCCGGGCGGCUGAGGAGGGAAAAAGACGCCCACAGGAGCCGCGGGCAGCAGCGGCAGCGAGCGGCGGGAGCGGACGGCCCAGAGGAUGAAGUGCAAGCCGAACCAGACGCGCACCUACGACCCGGAGGGGUUCAAGAAGCGAGCGGCGUGCCUGUGCUUCCGGAGCGAGCGCGAGGACGAGGUGCUGUUAGUGAGUAGCAGUCGGUACCCGGACCGCUGGAUUGUGCCGGGCGGGGGCAUGGAGCCCGAGGAGGAGCCGGGCGGUGCAGCAGUCCGAGAGGUGUACGAAGAGGCGGGAGUGAAGGGGAAGUUAGGCCGGCUCCUGGGCAUUUUCGAGCAGAACCAAGACCGCAAGCACAGAACGUACGUGUACGUACUGACUGUCACUGAGAUUCUGGAGGAUUGGGAAGAUUCGGUUAGCAUUGGGAGGAAGCGAGAGUGGUUCAAAAUCGAAGAUGCGAUCAAGGUUCUCCAGUGCCACAAGCCCGUGCAUGCCGAAUAUCUGGAAAAACUAAAGCUGGGCGGUUCCCCAACCAAUGGAAACUCCGUGGCCGCGUCCCUGCCACAGAGCGAUCCCUAGUAUGUACGGCUCCUGCACAGACUUCUGCUUUCCGCCUAUCUUAGAAUACAUAGUGCCCGGAGCACCUCUCAUUCCUUUGCGGUCUCACGGGGAGGAGGGGGGCUUCUUUUGUUUCCUUGGCAGACCUCUGAAUCACGCUUGCAAACUGUCUCGGUUGCCAGACACUGUUUUCAGACAAUUUGCACGUUUUUCAGAUGCUUUCAAAAUUGCUGCUUGGUAGCACUGUAACAGAUUUCCUAAAUCCUAAACCACAUGUUUUUUUUUUUUGUUUUUUUUUUUUUUUAAGGUGCCUUAACUGCUUGCCCAGCCCUUUGUGUGUGUGUGUUGAUGCUGUAGUUUAUUACAUUGCACACACGUGUGUGUGUGCGCGUGCGUGUUUUUGGUACCAAUCUUGUGGUUUGUUUUGGAGUGAAGGCCUUUAAAAUCUGAACAUCUUGGUUGUGUGGCAUCUGUAUUUUUUGCUUUCUCAUUCGCACCAUUAGACCUUGCUAGCAAGCCCUUUUGUGAUGGAAAUUGGUUUAAAGAUCAGAUAGAUAUAGAUCUAUAUAUAUAUUUAAAGUAUUUAAGAAAUUUUACAUCUUGUGGUCUUUCCACAGUGGGCAACAAUUUUCGGUUCAGUAAUGUGAUCUAAUUUGCCCUUUUCAGAAGUUUCUUUACCCAUACGUACAUGAUUUCAUUUUCUUUUCCUUUUUUUUUAUGAUUUCAUUUUCAAAAGAAUUCUGACCACUGGUCAUUUGUUGCUGCAUAUUUGAAAUGGCCAUUUCCCAUAUAGCCCAAAUGUAGUUUCAGAUUAUAUUACUUUAUACACUGGGUAUCUUCUUGGGAAAGUAUUGUUAGCCAAACAUAUCCUGAUAUGUACAUACUGUCAUGAAAACUGUAUUCAUCGAGUGUAAUUUAGCGUGUUCAGCUUCCAACUCCAUUGCCCAUUUCUUAAUACUGUAGAGCAACCAUGGUUUUCUCAAUAUAAACUAGUCUUUGAAAGAAAGUUAUUUCACAUAUUUGAAUUUUGUGACAUUCCAGUUAACCUUCCUGACUACCAGUAACCAUAGGAGUGGAAUUUAUAUGGUGAUUACAUCCCAAUCCAGUGAGGAACCCGUCUUGCUACUCAGCUUUUACAGACUUCAGCUUUUACAGAUUUCUUAAACCAUCCGGACCACUGAACAAUUUCUCUCAAAGAUUUAGGAUAAACAUUUUGUGUCAAAAGACCAACUGUUUUUGGUGCCAAACUAAAAAUUCAUACAUUGCCUUGCUAACUUUGUUGAAACCAGGAAUGCCAUGUAAAAUACUUAAGUCUGUCUUGAAACUUUGUGUUCCAUCCCAACCAUAUUAAAAAGUAGGUAAAAUAUAGCCAACUACAUGAAGUGGGUAUUGAGGGGUUUAAAGAUUAUCCUAAUUUAUAGGGCAGCUAAGUAUAUAUCAUCUUUAAUCAUUAUUGAUAGUUUGAUAGUUUUUUGUGUGUGUCACUCAGCUGACUUUGGGAGUCAGUUUUAUGCACUCUAUUAAGAAAUUUUGAAAGUCUAGAUUCCUCUUGGAACUCCUUCUCUCAGGAAUGUUGAGGAAGAGCCUAUUUUGUGAAGAGAGUAUAGGUGGGGGACUUUUACAUAUAACCUUUAAGAUCUAGAAAGUAUUCUAUAGACCAGUAAUAAAUAUAAGUGGAUAAUAACUAAUUUAAAUCCUUUGCUAUUCUGCACAUUAACAUUUUCAAAAGAACACAUGCACUGGUGAAUUGUUGCCUUUUUUGUAACUUUGGUGCCACUGUUUUUUAAAAAAUAUCUGCCAUAUACAAAUAUGUCUGAAUGAAAUACAUAUUUUAGUUAACAAAAAAUAAUAUUGUCAAAGGAAUGAGAAAAUCAACUUUUAAAAACCAAUUAUAAUUUCAUAUUGUAAAUUAUACAGAAUCAUCUAAUGUUUUUUAAAAAUUGUUUCUUUGUACAGAGCAAUAUGUCUUAUUUUUUUAAACUUUUAAAUCCUAUACAACCUUUCCUGUUACAAUAAUCCAAAUUGACUCAUAGAUAUUCUUGGUAACCUCAGAUUUUUCAAAAUAUAAACUAACAGCAAGGGAACUGGAUUAUACUUUAUAACUAUUCCAUAUGUAAAACUGCCCUCAUCUGAAAUGCUGCCACAAAUACCUGGGAGGUUUAACCUAUAUAUAGAAUUUUUAGAAAUAAUAAUGCACAAUCUUAUGUUUUGACUUUUGAACUAUGUAUUUGACAAAUCAACUUUUAAGAAUUGUUAGCCUGUAAAUAUUUGCUGUAUUUUCUUCAGAAACAUUUGAAUUGAGUUCUUUCACUUGCUAUAAUUUUCUUCAGUGCCCAGAUAUCUUUAUACAAUUUGUAAAACUUCCAAGGCUUGAAUUUCUAAGUUGCAGCAGAACAUUUUACGGUUAUCACACUUAAGUUAUCAAAUUCACGUGGGCAGUUCUUGUUAUAUAUGCUUUUGGAAUUCAGUCUAGGAAAACUUAAGAAAGAACCCCAAAACAAAAAGCCUUUCAUUUUAAAAGAGAAAUCCAAAAAAUUCAGGCUAAAAUAUUUGACACAGAGCUAACAAACCUAAUCAUGUCUAUGACUUAUAUCCUUUAAGGGUUUGAUGCACAGUUAGAAUUUUCUCCCUGUAGAAUCAGUAUAUAGCACCCAUGAAUUAUUUAUGUGAUGAUUGCACAAAAAAUGAAUAGAUGAAUCUUUCAGCUCAUGCACUUACCCCAAAGAAAAUGGCAUUGAUCAAAGAUAAUUAAGACUUUCAAAUAUGAGGCAGAAAUUUGUUUUCAGCUGUUUUUGUAAAGGCUA